AUGUUCAACCCAGGACCAGAGGUGACAGUGGAUGAGCGUCUUCUCCCUUUCCGUGGAAAAUGCCCCUUCCGGCAAUACAUGCCCAGUAAGCCAGGCAAAUAUGGCAUAAAAAUCUGGGCAGCCUGUGAUGCGAAAACCAGCUAUGCCUGGAAUCUGCAGAUUUACACAGGCAAACUUGCAGCUGGCAUCCCUGAGAAGAAUCAAGGAAAACAGGUAAUCCUUGAUAUGACUACUGGACUAAAAAACAAACCUGAGUUGCCCCUUGAAAUUUUGCAGGUGAAAGACAGGGCUCCACUGUCUUCAAAAUUUGCUUUUACAGAAACCACCAGUGUUGUUUCAUACUGUCCCAAAAAGAACCGGAGUGUGGUACUUAUGUCCACUCUUCACAAAGAUGCAGCUGUGUCAACAAGAAGUGACAAAAAGCCUGAAAUCAUCCUGGACUACAAUAAAAACAAAGGAGGAGUGGACACCCUGGACAAGCUGACUGCCACCUACACUUGCCAGCGAAUGACCAGGAGAUGGCCAAUGGUUGUAUUUUACAACAUCCUAGAUGUGUCUGCAUACAAUGCAUUUGUCUUGUGGACCCAGAUUGACUUGGGACCCAGCCACUGCGAACGUUGUCAGACAGCUCCGGAGCACCACUCCAACCACAUCAUCAGCUGCACAAAGUGCAUCAGUGAUAACACGCCCUUCAGGCAGCCAGGCUUCAACAUCGACUACACCCACAACUCCACCUGCUUCAAAACGAAAGAGGUGUCAGGUGUGCCCAAGCAAUAA